UUUGACCACGUUCGUUAGAGCUCACCUGGUUGUGAAAGCCGAAGUGCUCUGUUGUCACACUAUGCUGCUCACCUUGGGAUUGGCCACAGACUUUUAUUUAGGAUAGGCAUAUUAUUAUUUUCGGGGCAUUUAACAUUCAUGUGUGCGUUCAAAAUGUCUGUCUUCGUACUUUUGUUCCUUUUCGCGACACUUUCGACGGUGGACAGCGUGGGGAAAUGGUCGCUGAAUUACAUCUACACUGCUCUGUCAAAGCCAGUAGAAUUGCCUGGUAUCCAUGAGUUCACUGCCAUGGGUCUGAUGAAUGACAAACAGAUUGAUUACUAUGACAGUGUGUCAAAGAAGAAGAUUCCCAAACAGGACUGGAUGAGGGAGAAGCUGCCAGCAGACUACUGGGAUAAAGGCACUCAGUCACGCAAGAGCAAGGAGCAGUGGUUCAAAGUCAACGUCAACAUCCUGAUGGAUCGCAUGAGGCACAACAACACUGAUGUCCAUAUUCUUCAGUGGACACAUGGCUGUGAGAUUGACCAACAGAGUGACGGCACAUUGAAAUUCAUAAAGGGCACAGACCAGUACAGCUACGAUGGUGAAGACUUCCUGGCCUUUGAUGAUGCCAAUAUGCAGUGGGUGGCCCCAGUUGUUCAAGCUCAGCCGACUAAGAGGAAGUGGGACGGGGUCCAGAUCCUCAACCAGUACACCAAGGGCUACCUGGAGAAGGAGUGUGUGGACUGGCUUUCCAAAUUCAUGGCAUACGAGGACAAAGAAGUCAGUAGGGCUGAUUCCCCAAAGGUCUAUGCGUUUGCUAAAAAGGCCAAAACUGCCGGAAAUGUCCGACUGACCUGCAUGGCCACAGGUUUCUAUCCCAAAGAUGUGAUUAUGCAAAUGAAGAAGAAUGGUGUUCCAUUGACCGAACGUGAUGGAGUGCAGUCUACAGGAGUCCUACCCAAUGAUGAUGCCACCUACCAGAUCAGGAUGAGUGUGCAGAUCCCAGAGGCAGAUAAGGAAACUUAUGAAUGCUCUGUCAACCAUGUAGCUUUGAAGGAGCCAGUUGUGGUAAAAUGGGAUGGGAAAUGCUGCGAUUGUACCCGAGUAACAGGUGUUAUCAUUCGUGCUGUUGUUGUGGUGGUCCUCCUGCUGACCGUGGUUCCAUGUUGCUCCAUGUUGGUUCUUUGGAAGAAAGGCAAAAUAUUUGCUGGUAAAAAAGGAGAUCUACCAGCUACUGGGAUCCAGGCACCUCUAAAUGGCAAUGGAAAUGGAGCAGCCGUUUUGAACAUGCCUGGGACAAAGGAUGACACUAGCAGCACUGACUCUGGUCAAGGCAGCAUCGAACGUCUAGAGAGGGAGGCAAUGCUGCCUAAUGGUGGGACAAAGGAUGACACUAGCAGCACUGACUCUGGUCAAGGCAGCAUCGAACGUCUAGAGAGGGAGGCAAUGCUGCCUAAUGGUGGGACAAAGGAUGACACUAGCAGCACUGACUCUGGUCAAGGCAGCAUCGAACGUCUAGAGAAGGAGGCAAUGCUGCCUAAUGGAGCCAUUGAGGAGUGACUGACAACCUAAAUCUGGCAAACAACAUGUGAUUCUGUUUUGUCAACAAAUACUGUCAAUCUGGAUGUGUACAUUCCCAAGAAUUGACCGUUUUGAUCAGCUUGGAUUUGAAUAAUUAUUAAUGAACGUUUUGAACUUUUGAAUAUCAUAAUAGAAUUAUUUUUCAACAAAUUGACUUGUAAACCGCCUAUAUGUGGGCCAUUUUAAUGUAUUGGUAUUGGAACCUUAUUCUAUUUCUAUUGUAGGUUGUUUAUUUUAAACUAGAAACCAAUCAUUUAAAUCGUUGCACACACAUAAACACACAUGCACUGAACUGCUUUUUAAAUAUGUUUUGUUUUCAUUUUUCGGGGAAAGUAUAAAUCACUGCUUUAAUAAAAUACUCCUUUAUGAACCAA